AUGCCUCACAAAUUUGAUAAUAGACAUAAUAUUGGAGUAGAAGAUCAAAAGACUACUGGAAAUGAAGUAAAUAGACAAGUCGUAUCUAAGCCAUUGGUCCCGAUUGUAGAGAACAAGAAUAUUCCGUAUUCUAUUGAAAAAUGUCAAUCCAAAAGAAUACAAAAUAAUAAGUGUAAAGAUUCAAAUUUGAAUGAAAAGAGUGGUAAAAAUGUUCCACCAUCUCAAAGAAGAAAAAUCAAAAAUUUUGCUCUAAAGGAUCUUUUCAAUGAACAAGAAAUUAACUGGAAUCAAAAGGAAUUUGUUAAA